UUCCUGGAGGCUGCCGCCAGGUUUGCUGUUGUGUCAAUGGAACCGGUGACGAGUUGCAAGUUCCUUUAGGCACCACGGUGUUUGUUUCGGGUUAUACGACGUACGAUCUAUUUUCUGAUGCUGAUAAAGAGUUUGCUCGUGGCAAACGGGAUUGUUAUUAACGACCUCAGCGAAGUCCGCGAAAUCAUAUAUCGGCUCCAACGUCCAGCCAUCGCACCGAAACCGAAACUCGUUUAUGCUCACGAUUGGGAAGAGAGGGAUUUUGUUUUAUUCCAUCGGGGGCUGCUCCAUUCAGUAGUGGCUAGGUUGAUCGUUUAUAAAUGAUGUUCUAAGAACCAAUACAAAAUUAUGUAUGAAUUCUUCACUAUUUUACUCCGCCCAGACU